AUGGUCAAUGUUGUCAAGGAUGGGCUUGCCCAGCUCCAAUCCACCCGGGGUCCCCAUACCCCAGAAGAACAAAAACCCCCUGCGGUCAAGGAAACUCCCAGGGCCGCGCCCAAAGCCGAGCCUAUUGGCAAGGCUCAACCAUUCCUUGGGGCCCCAGCCCCCAUCAUCUCCACAGGGGCCCCCAGGCGCGACCCCCUCUCCCUUUUCAACCCCUACCCUUCCUUGUCCUUCCCUUCAGGACCGGCUCCAGCAGCCCCCCAAGGACCUCCGCCAGCGCCUGUCAUUGCCCCGGCGCUGCCUCCAGCCCCCUCCACUGUGAAAGUGGACCAUCCAGAUGCCUUCAAAGGCAAGAUUGGCUUGGAGGCCAAACAAUGGCUGACUCGAAUGUUGGCCUGGGUACGUCUCAACCAGAGACAGUUCCCUUUGGACAUGGAGGUCCUGAGCUUCCUGUUAAUGAACAUGACAGAAGCAGCUGGGGCCUGGGCCCAUCCCCACCUGGACCAACUAGGGUCCCACCGCGCACUCAUUCAAACCGUGGAUGAGUUCAAAACCAAGUUCCUGGCUGCCUUUGGCGACCCCAACGCUACCAGAGCAGCGGAGCGGAAGAUUACUUCCCUCACACAAACCGGCACUUGUGCCAAAUAUAUUACUAAGUUCCGCACGCUGCAAAUGGAACUUGAUUGGAAUGAUGCCGCACUCCGCGGUCAGUUUGCGCAAGGACUCCACUGGGAGGUCCAAAAACAAAUUGCCACAAGGGAGAGGCAACCCCGUACCCUGAGGGAGCUGCAAGAUGCUGCCCUCAUCAUUGACAACGCCCUCCGCAAGGAGCAAGCCAGCCACCCGCAACAGGGUAAUAAGCCUGGUAAAACUUCUUCCACCCCCAAUUGGGGGGCAAGUACCGGCCAACAGGCCACCAAAACCGGUCCCCUUUCCUCCGAUCCCAAUUACGUCUUGGAGGAAGAACGUAACCGCCGCCGCGCAGAAGGUCUCUGUGUCAAAUGCGGCAAACCAGGGCACAAGUUUGCCAAAUGUUGGACCGGAUGGAAGGCUACCCCAAAAGAGGAUAAGGGGAAGGCCAAGGAAGCCGCCAAAAUUGGCAAAGACUCUGAGUACCAAUUGGGAAAAGAACCAGAGAGACAAGCGGAAACCAUAGAAGUCCUGAUAGACUCAGGCGCCACCUCAUCAUUUCUUCACCCUCAAACCGCGGAACUACUUUGCCUACCCCUUAUAGACCUUCCCCAACCACGUACCGUAACUAUGCUCGAUGGGUUGAGCCCCCAGGCUGGAAAAAUCUGGAAAAAGGCCCACCUAACCUUCCUAUUUGAUGGCAAACGCAUGACCAAAACCUUCCUAAUUUGCAACACCGGAUCACACGCCGCCAUCUUAGGGAUCAAAUGGCUGGAGGCCCAUAACCCUGAGAUCAAUUGGAAUUCCCGCACCCUCUCAUUCCCCCACACACCACCGGAACACGCGGCUAUUGCCGAGGAGGAAGAAGCAGACAAGAACCCCCUUGAAGGAGUACCCUCCAAGUACCAUCAGUAUGCUAAGGUAUUUGGGGAAGAAGAAUUCAAUAAGCUCCCUCCGCACCGGCACUACAACAUUGGGAUUGAACUUACAGAAGAAGGGCCCCUCAACUCUCCCCUCUACAGUAUGACCAACGCUGAGUCCGCUACACUCAAGGACUGGCUCAGGGACAAGUUGAAAGCUGGGAAGAUCCAACCCAGUAAAUCCUCAAUCAGUUCCCCCGUCAUGUUUGUUCCCAAGAAGGAUGGAUCCCGCCGCUUGGUUGUUGACUACCGUUGCCUAAACAACCGGACAAAGAAAAACGUUUACCCGCUACCCCGUCCCGACAAUCUCAUGGCCCAGCUCCGUGGCGCCAAGGUCUUUACCAAACUAGACCUAAGAUGGGGUUACAAUAACGUCCGGGUUAAGGAAGGUGACAAAUGGAAGACCGCGUUCCGUACCAAGUAUGGCCUGUACAAAUCCCUUGUCAUGACCUUUGGCUUAACCAACGCACCGGCUUCAUUCCAACAUUUCAUGAAUGAUUUGUUCAAGGACCUACUUGAUGUAUGCGUCAUCAUAUACCUUGAUGACAUCCUGAUCUACUCCAAGGAUGACGCAACUCAUGCAAAACACGUCCAUGAAGUUCUGAAACGGUUGAUGGAUAACCAGCUCUUCUGCAAAGCGUCUAAAUGCACGUUCCACGUCACCGCUGUGGAAUACCUGGGAAUCAUUGUCUCGGACAAGGGUUUUAGUCUGGAUAAGCUCAAGAUCCAGGCAGUACAAGAAUGGCCAGUUCCCACAAAAGUCAAAGAAGUCCAAUUGUUCCUGGGUUUUGCAAAUUUCCUCCGCCAAUUUGUUGCCAACUUCAGUCACAUGGCAAGGCCAUUACACAACCUGGUCAAAAAGGACACGCCGUGGAAAUGGGAUACCAAAGAACAGGAAGCAUUCCAAGGGUUAAAGAACGCCAUCACCAACGCCCCAGUCCUCUGUCACGCAGACCCUAGUAAACCAUACUUCCUUGAAACAGACGCAUCCGGUGCAGCUCUAGGUUCCAUACUCAGUCAACGGCAGGGAGACGGACGCUUGCACCCACUAGGAUUCCUGUCAGAAUCAUUCAAGGGAGCGGAACAAAAUUACGACACCCAUGACAAGGAACUGCUAGCAAUCAUCCGCUCUUUCAAAUACUGGCGUAUCUUCUUAGAAGGAACUCUGCACCCUGUCACCGUGUUCACGGACCACUGUAACUUAGAGUAUUGGAAGGAAUCCCGCACGUUCAACCGUUGUCACGCCAGAUGGCACCUAUUACUGGCUGGAUAUAACUUCCAGAUUGUCUAUUGCCCUGGGAAACAAUCAGGGAAGCCAGAUGCACUCUCACGCCAAUUGGAUCAUGCCAACAUUCCACCCGCCGCCCAGACCAUGCUCCCUGAUCCUGUAUUUGCCAACGUAGCAAUGGUAACUCCUGAGAAGGAACUCCAACAACAGAUUGAGGCUGCCUUAGACCAAGAUGAAUCCCUGGAGGAAAUAUUACAAUUCCUCCAAAAUGAGUCUAAAGCACCCCCGUCCAUCAAAAAGGCAUUCAAGGAUUACAAGAUGGAGGCUGGUCUGCUAUUUUACCAAGGACGCAUUGUAGUCCCAGAUGUUGGUACCCUGAGGACAGAUUUGCUUUGCAUUUUCCAUGAUAGCCCAUUGGCUGGUCACCCGGGUAGGCAACAAACUCUGGAACUGGUAUCACGUAACUACUAUUGGCCAGGCAUCUGCGCGGACACGUAUUGGCAUGUGGAUUCCUGUGAAACCUGUCAACAGAUCAGGAAACCAAAAUACGCCUUGAUCCCUCCGCAGCUGCUCAAGCUCCCAUCUAGACCGUGGCAGCACCUUUCCUAUGAUAUGAUUGUAGAUUUACCAAAGGACGGGAACCAUGACUCCAUCCUGGUCAUAGUAGACAGCUUCACCAAAUACGGGAUCUUUGUCAAAUGCUCCAAAAAGCUGAAAGCGCCUGAGCUAGCGGAGUUGUUCCUGGAACACGUAUGGAAGCGCCAUGGAAUGCCGGAAAAGACAGUAUCAGAUAGAGGGAGGGUCUUUAAUAACAAAUUCCUACGGGCUCUUUACAAACGCCUUGGGAUUGACCCGCACUUCUCAUCAGCAUACCACCCUCAAAGCAACGGCCAAACGGAACAAGUAAAUCCCUCCAUCAAACAUUUCCUUAGAGCAUACUCAGGGGUGAACCAAAGGGACUGGACCAAAUGGCUUCCCAUGGCAGAGUUUGCCUAUAACAACGCCGUACAUAGCAGCACGGGCAAAACUCCCUUCAAGGCCUUGUAUGGUUGGGAACCCACCCUGACACCUUCCAACAUACCAAUGGACGUCCCAGAAGCAGACAAUCUGGCCCAGACCAUGGAGGCACAAUGGAACAAAGUAGAGUCUGCUCUCCGGCAAUCUAAGCAACAAAUGACAGCCGGAGAGGACGGGAAUCCAACGGAGUUUGAAAUUGGAGAAGAAGUAUGGCUUGACGCCAGAAAUAUCAACUUGAAAACCCUAAGCCCAAAACUAACGGAACAGCGCUUAGGGCCAUUCAAGGUCACUGAAAAAAUCUCCAAUCGCGCGUACAGACUCAAACUUCCACCAACCAUGCGCAUUCAUAACGUAUUUUACGUGGGUCUACUAUCAAAAGUUAAAAGGGACAAAACGCGCGCCUUUGAAAAUCGUCCACCGCCAAUCACAGUAGACGGAGAGGAGGCAUACAAGGUGGAAGGGAUAACCAAUGCAGAAGAACGCAACGGGAAAUGGUUUUUCCGGGUGAAAUGGAAGGGUUACGGCUCCAAAGAGAACACGUGGGAGCCCAGGGAAAACCUGAAAAACGCGGAAAAAAUUUUGGAAAAGUACGAAAAGGACAUGAGAAAGAAGGCCCUCAGCGCCGCCAAGGCCCUUAGAGGGGGGGCAGUGUCGUAG